GAGGCAGAAGUGAAACUUGCAGCAGCUGUGUGUGUGUGUGUGUGUGUGUGUGUCCGUGCACGUUCCGCUGCCGAGGCUUCUAAAUAGGCCGACACAGCUCCACCGGGCGCAGCGGAGUCCGGACACGUCCGUUAACGUUCCUCCACUUUGGCGCGGACGCAAAUUGGCAGCGACUUGUGAGGCGAGAAGGAGGAGAACAUGACGGUGGAUCUGGAGGCCCCUCCGCCCGCUGCACCGGAGGAUUUCGCGAUCCGGUGCCGAGACGUGUGCCGGUCGUACGGCAAACUGAAGGUCCUCGGCAACCUCAACCUGACGGUGCCACAGGGGCAGAUUUACGGUCUCUUGGGCCCCAGCGGCUGCGGGAAGACCACGCUGCUGAAAUGCAUCGUGGGGACGCUGAAGAUCUCGCAGGGUCACAUCACCGUGUUGGGGCGGCCUCCUGGUUUCCCUGGUCACGACGUGCCGGGGAAGAAGGUCGGGUACAUGCCGCAGGAUCUGGCGUUGUACAGCGAGUUCACCAUCAGCGACACCCUGACCUUCUUCGGCCGAGUGCACGGCCUGACGUCGAAGGAAACCAAGGCGCGCAUGGACUUCCUCAUCGACUUCCUGGACCUACCGCAGAAACAGAGCCUGGUCCGAAAGCUCAGCGGGGGUCAGAAGCGCAGAGUGUCCCUCGGUGCUGCUCUGCUCCAGAAUCCAGAGCUGCUCAUCCUGGACGAACCAACGGUCGGGGUGGACCCUGUGCUCAGGGCCAAGAUCUGGCAGCAUCUGGUGGAGAUCGUGAAGACGGGGAAGGUCUCGGUCAUCAUCACCACACACUACAUCGAGGAGGCCAGACAAGCCAACGUGGUCGGGCUCAUGCGGAGCGGCCACUUGCUGGCGGAGGGGCCUCCAGACGCAGUCAUGAAGCAGCACAAUGCAACGACCCUGGAGCACGCCUUCCUGCAGCUGUGUCAGACUUCAGACCAGGUCGACUCCAAACGAGAAUCCAGUCCACAGGGGGCGCCGCUGGAGUCGUUCGAGAGCGGGCGAGACGAGACUCGGCCAAUUCUCGCCAUCGGAGCCGGAGCCGUGGAGGAGGUUCCCAAAUAUUCAGUGGACUGGAAGGUGCGAGCCCGACACCUGCUGCCUAAGUGGAGGAACAUCGCCGCCCUGAUGAUCAAGACGCUGGUGCGGAUGAAGAGAAUGCCCGGCUCGUUGUGUUUCCAGUUCGUGCUGCCCGUCAUCCAGAUCUCUCUGAUCUGUUUGUGCGUGGGAGGAGAUCCACGGGGGGUCCAGGUCGCCGUCGUGAACAACGAGACCUCCCCCUCGGCGUACAGCCAAUCGCUGCUCUCCUUCCUGGACAACACCAGUGUGCACCAGGUGCCCUUGUCUCAUGCAGAGGCUUUCGAUGGGAUCCACAAUGGGGAGUAUUGGGGCGUCAUCGGCUUCGGGAAGAACUUCACCAGCUACCUGACAAAAAGGAUGAUGCAGCGGCAGGUUUCCAGGGAGGUGGUCGAUGGAGGAUCGGUGCACGUCUGGCUGGACCUGACAAAUCGACAAAUUGCCUUAAUGCUGCAGAAGAAGCUUCACGAGGCUUUUCAGGACUUUGUGGACAGUAAGCUGGGCAGCAUGUCGUACUUGGUGUCGCUGCCGGUGAAGAUCGAGGAGCCGAUCUACGGCGACGAGAACACAGACUUCACCACAUUUGUGAUGCCUGGAGCUGUUCUCAGUAUCACCUUCUAUCUGGCCGUGGGUCUGACGGCUCUCUCCUUCGUCCUGGAGAGGAAGGAGGGGCUUCUGGACAGAUGCUGGGUCGCAGGUGUGAGCUCCAUGGAGACGAUGCUGGCUCACCUCUUCUCUCAGCUGUUUGUCAUCAGCGUCCAGAUCCUCCUGCUGCUGCUCUUCAUCCUGCUCGCCUUCAACAUGCCUAAUGAAGGCUCCCUGGUGCUGGUCAUAAUUCUCAUCGUGCUGCAGGGCGUCACCGGCAUCUCGUUCGGCCUCGUCAUCUCCGCCGCAAUCGAUGACGAGCAGAGCGCCAACCAGGCCGCUCUGGGCGUGUUUUACCCCAACCUCAUCCUCAGCGGUAUCAUCUGGCCCGUGGAGUGUAUCCCGUAUCCUCUCCGAUACCUCAGCCUGGCUCUUCCUCAGACCUACGCCUCUGAAGCCCUCCGCUGUAUAAUGUACAGAGGUUGGGGUCUGACUCAGAUGAUGGUGUGGCGAGGCUUCGCCGUCACCCUCGGCUGGAACACCUUCUUCCUCGUCCUGGCCACGGUCAUCUUAAAGCUGAGGACGUGAUCGCCCUCACCCCGGAGGACAUCCCCCAGUGCGGGGACGGACGCUGCCCGGGAGACGCCCGGGACACGAGGACUCGCCUGGGCCUCCUGUCUGUGGAUGUACUGAAGCAGCGGAGACCAGGAGGAGACACGUUAUCUGUCUCUCACAGACACAUGAUCCUGAUCCUGCAACAGUCCCAAUGUGGGAGAAAUUUCAAAAAACGCUGCAUGUUGACGUACGUGUGACGACACACAUGCACAAUAUGAGGAUAUUUGUUGAGCAGCAAACAGAAGGAUCCUAUUUAGUCGUACAGUUCGUUUCACAUAUAUUUGUGUUGAUAUAUAUUUCACCCUCAGAACGAGCCCGGCACAACUCAGGGUCACUUUCUUUGUUUCCGUUUGUCCUUCGUCUUCACGCGGAUCGAGAGAUUCUGCUGUGAUUCACUUUAUUUCAACAUCGGUGAGGCCUCGAGACUCCAUUUGGUAAAAUGAGGAAGAGAAGUUGUUGAAUUCACUGGAGGAUGUUGUUCUUUCGUCUGCACGGUUCUUGUUUGUCUAACGAACAUUUACAUUAUAGAGAAAACGUUUUUAAAAAACAGUCAUAGCACAAGAGAAUCUCGAGCCUGUUUUUAUUGGCUUUACAAUGAGAAAAGGCGAGGAGGGGGUUGUUGUUGUUGUUGUUGUUGCAAUGCAUCAUGGGAACCCAGAGCCGGUUCUAAAGGGCCGAUCUCUUCCCAGCGCUCCGGCUUCCAGCAGCAUCUCCUCUGGUUUCUCACUGGUUGUGUCUGUGGACAGUUUUGCGUCUUGUCCAGUGCGAGACAGGAAGCGGUAACCACGUCUCAAGUCGGUGAGACGCACCGUUACCAGGUGCUCAAACGCAGAACUGUUGAGUUUUGUGCCUACAUCAGCUGUGAGAGGAGAAACGGGGGAGGUUUGACCUUGGUGGAGGGAAAGUGUUGUUGUACUUUUAGUUUUUCGAUCAGUCUCCACUUCGCCGGACGGAGUGGAGGCAGUGGGACGGAUUUCUGUCUCAUGUGCCCGGCUCCUCAAGCCAUUGUUGCCGUAGACUGUAAAUAAAGAAGGACGACAUGACAGCUCCAACGCCCCCUGGUGGUGCAGCAUGAACCCUGCCUCCUCCAUGUUAGUGGAAGGGUUAGGGGCCAAACGGAAAAGUCAAAGCACCUGAGACUGACUUGCUAUUGGUCGAGCUUGUGUAUCGACCUCACUACCAAGACGCCGGUGGAG